GGCGGGGCUCGCUGUCAGCCCGCCCGGCUCCAGACCCGCCUCCUGUUGCUCGGCGCGCCGGGGCAGAACGCCGCCGGGACAGCCCGGUCCCCGCUCGGCCGCCCAUGCAACGGGGGUGGCGGGCACCGCCGGGGCCGCAGGGCUUGUCCUUGCCAGGACAGCUCCGUGGGUGCUGCGAGAGCGCCCUGUCCGCUCCUGGUGCACGUAAUAGCGUAGCUGCAGUACUGCAGCAUAUCUCCCUAAGUAACAUACGGUAAACGGGCAAAGCCUCUUAUUUGGCUUCUUUCAGAAAAUCGCAUCUGCGAACGAAUGCCAGCCUGCUUCAGCACUUAGGUGCAUUCUGCAACUUUUCUUCCUCAGAUAGAUGUCGGGCUCUUGCCAAAGGCGGUUGUUCAGCGUUACUGUCACAUUUCUUCAUCUGUAGGUUCCCACUGCCAGGACUCUACUGCGGUUUGCAAGGUUCUUGUUCCUCUUCUCACUUCUCUCCCCUUCAAACCUAUUGGAUACAUCGUAUCUUGGCUCUGAUUCCCCUUAAGGGGGUCUGACCUUGUCUCACAUUUUCUUCCUAAACAGGAAAGUUUCCCAGUUUUUCUAUUAUAAGAGCAUCUAACAUCCUGUGCAACUUCUGUAUGUAACGUUCCCCCACACCCCAGGGUAUAGUAAGGCUUUGGUUUCUCAUACACCGUUUUCUGCCAUCUCUUUUAUUUGCACAUCCUUAUUGGCUUGGCCUUGUGUGAGUUUAGAUCUUUGUCCAGGAAAAUUUUAUUCGUAGAAAUGGAGCUACUCAAAUAGGUUAACAGACUGAAAUCUGCAGGAAUUAUGCAUGUAUAUGAUGACUAAUUGUGAAAAUUAUGGUUGCAGGACACCGCUUUAUUUUGCAAGUUUAUCAGAGCAAGGAUGCCUGUCUUCUCCUUUGCCUCAAAUCUAAGCCUGGCUGUCUUGAAUAAUUAAUGAAAAAUAAAAUCACUAUGCUACUCUUGCCACUUCCUUGCUGUUUGUUUUGGAUGUUACUUUUCAGCCCUUGGCAUGGUGUAUGUAAUCUGAAAAUCUUUGUACACAGUGCUUGUUUUCUGGGGAAAGAAUUUUUAAAAUACCACAAAACUUUAAAAGCUGAUUGGUUGCCUUCAAGUGUUUUUCUUCUUUUCCUGGAAGUGUCUCAAAUCUGCAGUUGUUGAAAUGCACAUCGGCUUGGCACAGUCUGUGGCUGCCAAAUGUGAGAGCCAGUUGGAUCUCAAGGAAAUGUAACUUAUUGCAACCAGUCUUGUGGCGAUUCUUUGUUCCACAAGAAGCAAACAUCUUCUGCUUCUUCAAAUGCGAUGACUCAGCAGCUACAGGAUGAAUUUGACAGCAGCGUGGAGAAUGCAGAAGCUUGGAUGAAGGCCAUCCAAGAGAGACUGAGGAUCAAUGACAACACCAAAGGACCUCGAUCUGCCCUAGAAGCCAGACUGAGAGAGACUGAGAAAAUACGUGCACUGGAACCAGAAGGCAGCUUGAAAAUGGACUUGAUUCUUGUGAAGGCAGAUGCUGCUCUUCGCAGCAUCAGUGAGGAUAAGAAGCAUGCGGUACUCUCUAAACUGAAAGACAUUAAAGCCUUGUGGGAAGAGACAGCCAUAUACAUUACUCAUUGCCACAGCCGCAUUGAGUGGGUCUGGCUGCACUGGAGUGAGUACCUGAAAGCCCAGAAUGAGUUUUACACGUGGAUUCACAACAUGAGGGUGACCUUGGAGCCUGACAUUGAGUUGCAGCUUGGCUUAAAGGAGAAGCAGUGGCAGCUGAGCCAUGCUCAGGUUUUGCAGAAUGAUGUCCUAAAUCAGUCAGUCCUGCUGGAAAGGCUGCUGGAGGAAGCUGCUUCGUUGUUCAGCAGGAUAGGUGACCCCAGUGUUGAUGAGGAUGCUCAGAAGAAAAUGAGGGUGGAAUAUGAAGGAAUCAGACAAGAAGCUCAGAACAGAGUGAAACUGCUUGAAACAAUAACCAAGGAACAUGAGCAGUACAGCACCAGUGUCAACCAGUUCCAGUCGUGGCUGAGUGGUGUCACAGAGAGAUUAAAUUGCUGCAUUGGAGAAGCAACCAAGUCUUCAACAGAGGACAAACUAAAAGCACUGAAGGAAAUUGCCAAAGACAUUAGGAGUGGUGGAAAGAAAUGGAAGCACCUUGAAAGUCAGUGUGCAGAGGUGAUUCAGAAUACCUCUCCACUUGGAUCUGCAAGACUGAAGGAUGAACUUGAAGAGCUUAGAAAAGCCUUGGAGAAGUUGAAACUGCUGAGUAGUGAGGAGGAGGAAAGAUUGCUCAAGAUCCAACAGUCUGAAAGUGCCUAUGAGUCCCAAGCCAGACAAUUAGAAGCAGACAUCCAGCAGCUGAGGAAAGAUCUACAGAGACUAGAAAAUGACCUGGAUCCUGGGGAAGGAGAAAAGACUGAAGAUGAGUUUGUAACUCUGUGGAAAAAAUGCAAUGCAACAAGAGCAGCUCUGGCUGCAGAAGAGUCAAAGAUUGAGAGGCUGAAGGCUCAGCUUAAGGAGCUGCUACGGUUUUCCCAAGAUGUGCAGCCACACGCUGAGAGUGUUGUCUCUGCAAUACAGCAGUAUCAAAGUGUUAGAAGCAAGACUUCUAAAAUGAGCGCUGAUACAGAAACCCAGCUGUGGAGACUCAUCCAAAAUCCCCUGCAAAGUUUUGCACAGUGGAAGCCGUCGGUCCAGAUGCUGCUGGAGACUUCAGAGCCAGAACUGGCUCACAUUGAGGCUGCUCUAGCUGAAAGCUCCCAUUUCAAAGAGAAGUUGAUGACGUUACAGCUAAAGAAAGAUAUGCUAAACAAUGUCCUUGGUGAGGAAAAAGCACAGUCUUUUCUUCAAGAAGUAGCUGAAGCUUCAAAGGAGAGAGAAGUUCUACACAAAAAUCUGCUGCAAAGGAAGAGCAAACUCCAGAAUUUGAUAUUGCAACAUAAGAACUUUGAUGCUGGUUUUGCACCAUUGCAGAAGAAAUUAUCUGCCAUCAAAGCCAAAUUAGAUCUGGAGAAGGAACCACAGCCUGACCUCUUGGGUAAAAAGACACAACUCCAGAGACUUCAGAUGAUCCAAGAUGACUUGGCAGAGCUUGCAAUUCACAUGGAGGAGGUAGAGAAGCUUGUUCAGUCAAACACCACACACAGGCAUGAAAUGAACCAACUUUCAUCUGACUCUCAGGCCCUGAAGAGAUCACUGGAGAUGAUGAUACAGCAGAGUGAAGACCAUGUUCAGAAGCAUUGGGCAUAUAAUGACAAACUGUCUGACCUCCAGCAGUGGAUCUCAGUAACCAGGGAGAAGAUUGACUCCUGCCAGGAUGCUGAUGGAGAGCAGAACACCGAGGGCAGGCUGGAAGACUUGGAGAGAUUGCUGGCUGAGUUUCCAGAUAAGGAGGUCCAGCUGCACCUUGUGGAAACUCAUGGCCAGUUGGUCAUGGAGAAUUCUCCAGAGGAGAGUGCCCAUGUCCAGGCAGAGCUGGAUCAGCUGAAGGAGUCAUGGAAAUCACUGAAGGAGAUGGCAAUUGGCCUCCUCAAAAAGUGGCAGUUAACUAGACCAGGGGCUGACAUGAAGAAAAGAGCAUUUGUGGACAGCAGAUGGAUGUCUAGACCUGCUUUCCACCUUUUUGAUGUCGAUCCCAACCAUAAGCAGGAGAAGAUGGGAGAAGGGCAAAGUGCAAGCAGCCACUUGAAGCUCCUACAUGACUUUGAAGAGUGGCUACAAGGAGAAAACACUGAACUGACCAAAAUUCUUGCUAGGACUCCAUCUUCCACAGAGGAUAUUAAGGCACACCAGAGCAAACUUGAGGAGCUGCAGUCUCGUGUGCCUCAUGGUCAAUGUCUCUUUGAGGACCUCCUUCAUCUUCAUCCGGUGGUUGGAAGUUCUGAAGACCUGGAGGACCUGCGUUACCGAUGGAUGCUCUACAAAGCCACGCUGAGAGAGUCCCUGAGCUCACCGAGUGCUGGAUCUUUGGAGGAACCAGACAGAUUCAGAAAGAAGCGCUCUGGAGGCGUGUGCUCCUACCUGCGCCGCGCGUGCCGGGCAGCGCUGCCCCUGCAGCUGCUCCUCCUGCUCCUCCUGCUCCUGGCCUUCCUCCUGCCCCUGGCACAGGAGACCCACAGCUGCACCCUGGCCAACAACUUCGCUCGCUCCUUCAAGCUGAUGCUGCGAUACGAGGGCCCACCCCCGACAUAGCUCCUUAGCACGGCACGAGGCGACGGCAGAAGGGCAGCCUCCUUGUUUUUAAUUGCAACUAAUGUAGAUUUUAGGGCUUCUAACACAGCCAUCAUGCCAGUGGGCUAGAUUGCAUAAUGCAACAUGAAAUUAAUCCACUUUAAUCAGGUAUUUGAGCAAAAUUAAUAUUUUUACAGUUUUUUUAUUGUUGUAUUUAUAAUAUGUAUAUAGAGAUUGUGUAUGUAUGUACAUAGAUAUAUAUAAAUGCAUAUCUAUGGCCAAGCUAACAACCACCGUCCACUCAUCCACUGCUUAAAGAUAAUUCUGCAAAGUUUCUGCCAUCUUCCAGUAAGCAAUGCUGAAGGAUGGUGUUGUGGGAUUUUCUGGGUGAUUUUUAACAUCAGAUUCUUGUAUACAAAUGAAGUCAGAGCAAGUAUGAGAACACGUGGUCAUGCACCAGGGUGUAAACUGGUGAGAGAGCAGGCACAGUAGAAUCACAUUUGAUUAGAGUGGUUGACAUUCAGCCCAAGGAAGAUUUGGACUUUUCUCUUUGAAAUCUUCAGUUGAUUUUUCAGUAUCUGGAUACAGGGAUUGCAGAAGCUAAUAGAAAUAUUUCUACUGACUUCAGUAGGAGUGGGAGUAGACCUCCUCUUGUUCUUAUUUUUUACAAGAUUUCUUCUCCAAUUGCUGUAUUCUCCAGCCCACCUGAAUCAGGAGAGGUGGAAUACAGUGGAGAAAAAAGAUAGAAAAAAAAUAAUAUAUUUUUUUAGCAUCUCUCUAGCAGGAGAACUUUUAAAAUCAGGUCAUAAUUUUCUGAACAAAUUUGUGAGCAGUGAACAAAACCUUAUAUCACCAAUUUUGUCUAUAAAAAAGAGUAGUUUUCUUUCUUAGAUUUUUGUGUUUGUGGUGUUUUGUGGUUUGGUUUGUUGGGUUUUUUCCUUUAUAAGGAGGCAUUUGGUAAUGGAUUCUAAAGGCUGAACAGUGGGAUGCAGCCUGGCUCAGUGUCAGUAAAGCAAAAGUUGGAAGUACUUUAAUAAUACCACCCUGGAAGCAAGAUUCCUACCUAGAAUUCUUUUGUAUUAAUGGUUUAUUGAAAUUGUGUAAACUUAUUGUAUCAAAGACAGUGAGGCAUAGGUUUCUAUGUAAUCUAAACUCUAAAAUUAUAGCAACUUUUCAUUUAUUUACCUAAUCCUAUGUCUGAUUUAUCACAUUUUUGAAUGUACAUUAUACAUUGCCUUUAAAUGUAAAAGCAAUUUUCACUUCAGAGUGAUGAAGCAAUUUUUAGUGGUGUUUUACCUAAUUGACUCCUUUUUCUAUUUCUGAGAGCUAUCCUUUAUUGUCUCAUGGUUCUAGCUAUAGUAGUAAUCAUGAAAAAAAAAAAUCUUAACAGAAGAAACUGUUACUUUCUGUCUCCUGGCUGUGUUGCAGGAAGAAUUUCUCUUCUGCAUAUCAGUAUGGGGUACUUGGUGUUGUUUUCUGUAUAAGGUCUAAAAUAAUAUUGUAGCUGACAGACUGAAGGAGGAAGGCACUUAUUUAAUAAAAUCAUUAAAGUUCUGUUCAAGAAGCAAGCUUGUGUAGAAUAAGGAAGCAUAACAGCACGGAGCUCAGUUUAGGCACAGGAUUAGGAGAGCAGGCAGUGUGAAAGAGGAGCAGCUAAACAUAGAGAGGAGAGGUGUCCAUCAAUUUAUAAAGCCUUAGAAAAGGAGUCACAUUAACACAGAGGAAAAAAGCACAGGCUCUAUGGAGGAAAAAAAAAUCUCAGAAUCCUUUUGGCUCCCCUUCCCUUUUACAGUAUUUAAUAUGUAAAUUAAUAUUAAACAUAUUAAACAGCUUUUCUUCAGUUUUCAUGGUUUAAAAUGGGGCGAGUAACAGGGCUUCUGUACCAGUGUUCUGAGGAGACUUCCACCACCAGGACUCUGUCGCUGUGCUCCUAAAAAUGUUUCUGACUAUACUGGGUUUGCUAGUGUUGGAUUAAAAUGCCAAAAGUCUGCUAAAAGUGUAGAGUGGAAAUUAAAGGAGAGACAACAUUGACAGUGAAGGUAUCAGUCAAAGUGCAGGGGGAGCAUGGAGCAGGAGCUGAUGUGGGUUAAAAACCUGACUUUCAGGAGGCAGCAGAAGAGCUCUCAGAGCAGGCAGAAGGGAUGGGAAGCAGAAAGGUGAGGACAGUCCAUGUAUGCUGAGCAAUAAAACAGGCCUGUGAUUUCUUUCAUGAAGGAGGCAGAAGGAGGGGAGCUAUAAUUUGCCAGAGAAUGGGGCAUAUUAAUUCCUUCUUUGCAGCCAUUCUUCCUGGUGGCAGAGGACCUACCUCCUCCUCUCCCGAUUAGCUGUGCAAGUGCCAUGCACAUUCCUCUAAAAAUUGCUGCUAGCCCUGGGGGAAGAAACCCCUGUGGCUGCCCAGCAGGGAGUUAAUCAUCACACGCAUCUCCAUGUCAAAUUAAAUCCUCCUUUAGAAAAGAAGUGUGGGGGAAGAGGGGCAGCAGCAAAACCCACUCUGUGUGGUUGUGGAUGUGUGUAGGUGUGCACACACCUUUCUGUGAUGCAGCUACAUUGCAGUUCUCUGGGUUUUGCUGAGCUGAUGAAAGUAAAAUACCAGUGAGAAAGUAAAAAUAAUGAGGAAUAAUAAAGCUGCAAAUGGAAGUUAGUAGGGAAAUAGAAAAGUUUUUUCUAUGAAAGCCCAAAAUCUCACAUCAGAUUUAUUUGUGCUGAGCCUUUCUGAUCUGGGUGUUUUAUAUGGGUUCACAAAUGCAUUUGACACCGUGGGAGUGUGUCACAGGGAGAAAAAAAUUCUGCACAGAGGAACUUACAAGAACAACUGCAUCAUCACCUUGAUGUUUCAGUGUGGUGGCAGGUUUAAAAAAAAAGAACCAAACAACUAAAUUAGAAACUUACCUUUGCUGCUGGGUUUGCAAUCAGUUUAUUCUGUAAGUCCCCUGUCUGUAAUCUUGGAAAGUUUUGCUUUAAAUCUCAGUCAAUCCAUUCUCAUUAACUUAAAUAAUCUGAAUAUCUCACAGAAAUGAUGAGUAUUUCUACUUCUUUGCAAUGAAAACUAUCCAAAGCACAGGACUUUAAUGUUCAUAUCACUAAAAAAAAUUUAAGUCUUCCAUAAUGUCAUUUACCUCACCUCUCCAAGGCAGGCAUGAGAUUCUUCUGGGAAAGAAAGAAAGAAAAAAUUACAAAAGUAAUCUGGAGAUGUAAAAACAAAAUUUACUUUCUUUUUUAUUCUCUUGUGGUUUUUUGUUUUCUGAAAAGCUUGCAAUACUGAUUUCUGGAAGUGUGUGUAAAUAUCAAUCAAGUCAGUAAUUGGAAUAAUGAGUCCAGCUUCCAGGAAACUGUACAAAGAUCAGAUUCCUCAAAAAAUAAACUAAAUCCAAAGGAUUUAGUUUUUAAGGACUGGUUUCCAAACCAGUCCUUAAAAUCUUGAGCACAGUUCCUUGUCUUUGCUCACAGAUGAUUUGGUGGUUAUGUGCUCACUUUUGUGCCUAUAAAAUCCCCAGCUCGUACAUCUCUGACAUCCAGAUGUAACUGAGAUGUGUUAUAGCCCAAGUUCAGACUGGGGCCACUGCCUUAAGCCUUCCCUUGCCAAAACAUGGGAUGCACAGAAGCCUGGAUGUGUCUGCAGCUGAGGACUUUCACUGUUUUGCCCCAGUGUAGAUGUGAGCACAGUCAAAGGGUGCUAAAACCCUCUGAACCUUAAGGAGUAUGUUUGGGGUGGUGAGUGGUUUGUGCACCUGGCCUGCCCUCCCUGCACACACCCAGCCUGUUCACAGAGCUCUGUCUGAGCUCUUCCUGCACCCUUGGACCCAGGAGCUGCUGGAGCACAUGAAUGACCCUGGCGUGCUGAGGGCAAAAUCCUGCACUCCAUUGCCCAUGCUUUGCAGUAAGGCCUUAUCCAAAGGCACACUCCAAAUCCAGCCUUUGGCAUGAAAGCAAGCCUCAUUUGUAAACUGUAAUUGAUUUGAAGCCUGAUGCUUUCCAGAGAAUUUUUCAUGGCAGCAAUACAUUGAGGUAGAAAAUUGCUAUUGUGCCCUAUGUCUAUUAAACAGCCUUUUCUCUGAUUCUAGCCAGCAAUUUAAAUGGUAUUAAAUAUUAUUUUUAAAUGGCCUCUCCAGAAAUCUCUGUACAUUGAAAAUGUUCUAUUCCUUUGCUAGCACUCGAUCUCCAAAGCAGUCCUGACUUCUCCCAAAAGCUACUCUAUUUGUACUGAUCCAGAGACUUAGGAAACUCAAAUAUUUGAGGCUGUAAAUAAAGCUACUAGGCUAACUAAUAAAACCACCUAGUGAUCACUGAAUAAUUUGGACAGCUUUUAGAAUGGCUCUAUGCUUCUCCUUAAUCCCUUUUGUUGGAGUAUUUGUAGAUCUUGGAGAGAAGAAAUCUCACCAAAAAUUGGCCAUUCCUAGACAGACAGAUGGUGAUCUCUGAACAUCAGAAGUUUUCUCUUUAGUUGCUCUAAACCUCAGGAGUUUGCUAUAUCUGAUCUCCUUUUCAAUAUUAAAUAGGGAAUAGUUUACUUUGAUGUGUGUGUAUACACAUCUCUUUAGCACUAAAGAGAUUUGAACAGUGAGUUCAUGUGCAAUGAUUCUUCUAACUUGUGUCAACACAAGAGAGUACAUUGUCCUCUUUUCUUUAGGGAAAAAAACCAACCAAAACUGCUGUGUGACAGAGAUUCCCACACCAAACAUAACCUUUUGGAAUAACUGAAUAUUACAGACUGAAACUAAAUUGUCCACCAUAGAAAACUGGAAAAAUAGUUUUGCCUUUCAAGAAAUGCUGGUAUAAAAGCCCCAAUAAACAUGUCUUUUCCAGGCAUCAUAGACAUCUUUCAUAGGUUAUGUACCCAGCUGGGUGUAAGAGUUUUGGAGAGUUUACUAGCUCAUGGACAGUAUCACCUGCUAGGGUGCAGCUGAAAACACAUUUGUCCAGAGAAUUUAUACCAACUUCUUCCAGAAUUGCUGGGGGCUAUUGAGGAUGUUCUCAGCAGCUCCCAGACCACUGACCUACUCUGAGCCAUUACAAGUUUAUUGCAUUAAUUUCUCUGUCAGAGGUUGGCAACUCUCAGAAACCAAUUUAUUAAAAUACUAAAAGUAAUAUUUCUUGUGCAGACAACGUGAUUCAUUGAGAAAUUAAUCGUAUUACUUUUGCCAUAUUUAAAAAAAUAUAUGUGUUGUAUAUACUGGAAUAUGAGCAGGUUAGUUGAGGUGUUGGGUAACUGCAGGACAUUUUAGGCAUGAGGCAUUUUGACUUGUCCAUUUAAGAAUUGUGGGAUCGUGUUACACUUGGUAAAAAAACAAAACAAGGAUUUUUGAAUUAAAAAAAAAAAAAAAAAAAACAACCACCAAGUAGAAAAACCCCAAAAAGCAAAGUAGGAGGGAAUAAUCUGUCACACAGUUGGAUUUUUUAUUAUUGCUUUUCUAUCCAAUUUAAUAUAUGAAUAUGUGUCUACCAGAGAGUUAUCAGUAGAUCUUGGGAAAAGGGAAUAUAUAUCAGGAAUAUACCAGUUCAAACUGUAGCCUAAAAGGCACUUCUAUUCUCCAACCUGCUUCAGCAAAUGCCAGAUUUUGUUGUUGUACCUGUGAGAUAAAAACCCUCCUCCUAGUAAAGUGUGGGUAAGGUGAAACUGCACAGCUGAAGGUGCAGCAUCCCAGUGGAAGCAGCAGAAAACAUCAGUUCUUCCAAAGGCAGCCUGAUAUUUCCAUGCAAGAGGAACUCUGAGGUCUGGCACAAUGAGAGCAGUCCAGCACUAAUGACACAGGAACAAGGGCUAUGCCAUCCCACCCUGCCAGACAGAAUUCUGAGAGCAGCCAUCAGCACAGCUCGGUUUCAUGUUCCUGACUGUGGAAGGAGGCUUCCCUCAGGGUGAUUCACUCGAGCUGAGAUUUGAGUUCUGGAAGGGUUUUUUUCUCUUCAUUAAAUACAGAAGAAACUGCUAAAUUAAAACCCCUCAGUGACAGGUUAAUGGUAGGUGGUGGGUGCUGAUGCUCCAGGAAAAGAUACAGGAAAUGAUAUUAUAGAUGGAAAGCUAGUCAUGAUGGUCUCUGUUCAAUCCUCAGGAGACAGAAAUGCAUUGUAGAAGUGAGGUGGGACUUUUUCUGUUCCUUUUAAAAUAAAUGUCAGGUGUUGUCUUUAGUCUUCUGGAUUUUGGGGGCAGGCCUAUUCAGUGCCUUACUGAAUGCUAGUGGCUUUCUGGCUUCAGAGCCAUUUACCCCAGCAAGUUCCACAUUUUUCCAAGUUGUGUGAUAAAGGUAUUCCCCUGAACUAGUUUUGGAUCAGAAACCUUUUGUCUGUGGAAUGGGCAAGGUUUGAUUUUCCUUCUUUUGGCCACUUUGUUUUAAAUCCAAGGAAGCAGAAAGACCAGCACCCUUUCCAGGCCAUGUUUUGUGUUUCCUUCUUUUAUGAGAGCAGAGGAGAUUUGGCUUUGCUUCAUUUCCAAAGUAAAUUAUCCCAAUAUUUUAUUCUUCUUUUCCUGGUGCAGUUCUUCCACAGCCUAGGCUAUUCCUAUCACCUUAGGUGUUUCCAGUGGCUGUUCUUCUUCAAAAACUAGAGCAAAAAACCUGGUCCUGUUUCAGCAAGUUUAAAAUCCAGUAAUUUCUUCCCCCAUUGUAGUUCCUCCUGCAGAUGCUCUGUCUGUUUCUGCUGUCCCCUGUGUCAAACCAGCCUUCAGCACUAUCUGGGGGGACUCUAGUCCUAGCCAGCCAUUUCUUCUAAGUCUCCUGGUCAUGUCCUGCCCACAUCUGCCUUCAGUUUUGGCUCAGGGACUGCCCUUAAUAGUCACAUCUGCAGACAGGAGUGUGAGGGUGUCACUUAACAAACAAUUAUUAAUAAUGAAAGCCUUGCUAUUAGCAUUGUACAUAGCCUGCCCAGAGCCUUUUUGUCUUCUCCUCUCUAAGCAGGUUUUGAUGUGUAAUCCAAUUUCUGUGUGCAGAAAAUUGCCCUUCAGUCAGCACAGAGGGCUGGUGGUUCAGCUGAAGCUCUGUUGCCUCACAUUGUCACUGAUGGGGUAAGAGCUCCCAGGUGCUGCUCAGCCAGGGCCUGUGCCCUUGAGCUGCCAGGAGUGCUCCACUGUCAUUGUCACACACCCUAAAUAAGCCAGAACCCCUUUUUUCUGACCUGGGAGGAAAAAAAAAAAGCCAGCUAAAAUGAUCGCUUUUAACAAACUGAUUUCACAACUCAUUUAUCAAGCCCUAUAGCAAGCCAUUUAUUUUAGCUCCUUUUUGCUCCAUGAAAAGCUGUGUGUUAAAAGGGAGAGGUGAGUUUGGAGAGCAGUGCCACCGCCCUCAGCAGCACUUUGCUGGGAGGCCUCCCGCUGGAACUGGGGGUAGGAGUUGUUAUUUCUCCUGAAGUGAUUCCCACCUAAAUCAAAAUAUUUCUUUUGUCAAGUCUAAUAAGCACUGAACACCACAGGCUUUGUUUCACUGCAGAUAUGAAUGAAUGCCUCUGUAUGGUACUUUCUGUUGCCAUGAAAUAUAUAUAUAUAUUUGUAUGUACAUAUAUAUAUAUAUGUGUGUGUGUGUGUGUGUAUAUAUGUAAUGGGGAGCGUAAUUAUUGCUCUACUCAAAGAAAGGUGACAUUCCACUUCAAUGUAACUUUUAGGUGCAGCUUUUAAGAGAAACCAUGUCUUAAAGGGAAGCUGGAAGUGUUUAGAGGUACAUGUUGUAAUGAGCUUUGAUGAGAUUUAAUAAGCUUUGAGUUUGGUUUUCAGUCUCUAGGGUGAAAAGCACCCAAGAUGAUUUUUCCAGCACAUUCCCAGAUCAAACCCUGUAAGAAUUUAACCUGGGAGGCAUUGCUUGAACACUGGCUGUUCCUGAAGGUGUUUGCAUGUGCUAGGUGUGUGUCUGUCCUCAAACUGCAGCCUGCAUUUUGCACAUGAUUGACUGGAAGGCAAAGGACACACCUUUGUCUUGCUCCACGAUCCUGGUGGUAAUUUUGGCACAGUACAUGUUUUCCCUUUGAUCAGUGCGAGUUUUUCAAUGUUUUUUCCCUUUUAAUUUAUGUUAAUUGAGUUUAUCAGGUGAUUCCAGGAGGGCACACUCCAUCUGCCCAGCCUCAGAGCUUCCCUUUCAGCAGCACACCUCCUUCUCUUUUGUUUACUUGACUGUACUGGACCACUGUGAAGCGAUUACACAAGCAAUAAUGCAGGCGUUGCAUUUUUCUGUCGUUGCCUUUUGUGAGACAUAGCUCUCCAUUGACACUGAAAAGUGGUAGGAGGUAGAAGCUGCAUUGUUGUUUACUGGCAAUAUAACCCAUGUCCAUGUUCCUGCAGGGCUCCUCACUCCUCACAGCAGUGGGCUGUCUUGGGCCCAAUUUAAUUCAUAAGCCUGGAUUUUAAACAGUUUUGGAUUCCUUCACCAACACUCCAUCAAUCUUGCUUCCAUCAGUUUUUGUGCUUUUGUUUAGUUUCAAGCUAGAAGAAAGUUUAAAGAAACGUGCUAAGACUCCCAUAUAGGGUGAGUAAAUAUCCCAUAAAUUUCACAAACAUUACGACAAAAUGAAGGGAUUUGCUCUCACAUUGAACAGAAUUAAUAACUUCUAACUGAUAAAUUAAAUAGUUAAUAAGAACAGCCUGGAGCAAAGUUCUGCAAUCAAACUGUUCUCUGCUUUUAAUUUAAAAAUCAGAAAAUACUGAGGUACAUUUUCCCGCUUUCUUUUAGAAGUCAUCUGAAACUAACGUGUGAAUUCUCCUUAACAGAAAGUUUAUUGAUAUGAAUCUAAAUUUCAGCAGCAUGUCCCAUGUUAGAUCACCUGCCUGUGGGCACAGGGAAAACCAAAGGCUGUUUACAAGAGAAAUUAAUAUUGUGAAUGGUUUUAAAAUUCUUCACGGCUCCUAUCCACUUCCAAAUGUCAGUAAUGGGGAGGAUCUGAAGCCUUCCUGUGAACCCUGUCAUUGUGCAUGUUGAAAUCCUGGCUUGAAUUCAGGUCUCCACUUCAGCUUUUGUAAAUGUUAAUAUUCAAGUAGAACAAAAACCUUAGAGGCAAUUACAGCAUGCACAUCUCUUCUAGUUUAUGUAUAGUAGCUGAUAGCAAAGUCUGCAAUAAUAAUCUGUGUUUAUACAUGUGCUGUACAAUGUAACAGUUGGGUACAAAAUACCUUUUAACUGUCACAAGGAAAUAACUGGAUUGAUUUCACUUUUUGCUUGUAUGAAUAUAAUUAUUUGCCUUGCGGGGACCAGUUCCACUUUUGUCAUGUUAUUUAUGAUUUUUGAAUAAAAUUUUGAUAAAUUAGGCUCGUUUCUAAGGUAAACAAUACUGGAGCCAAGCAGCUGUCUCUGGACAUGUGCAUGUUAUCACAGCUGAUAUCAAGUCCAGGUCCAACUCCUUGCUUUGCUUGGACCUUUCUUUAACCUUUCAGGCUUAUUCAGGGAAAUGUGGACCACUCUAUUUUCUUAUUAAAUAUAUGGCUUUGUGAAAAGCUGAACUUAUUUUUUAAAUUCUUUCUUUUCUGGUUCAGAAAGACUGUAACAAUCAUAUUUUUCUAAACUGCCUAUUGCUUGUGUUGGGAAAUUAUAUAGAGAUAUAUAUUUUGCUCUACAGAUUUCCAUGUACUUUUGGAACUCUUUGUUUUCAUAGAUAAAUCUUCCUGUUUGCUAGAAUUAGCUCAAAAAGCUGUAAGCUUCUGUAAAAAAAGCUGUAAGCUCUGUGAAAUUAUGUAAAAACGCAGCUGCAUUAAAAGACUGACUUUAUGUUUUAUGUAAAUUGUUGGAGCUAAGUCAUCCUGGGUGUUAUGCCAUGCAAGAUGUACAAAAAGAAAUCAGGUCAUUGUUUUGAAAAGCUGGACGGCGUUAUGUCACACUGCCUAAAAGUGCCAGGUGAAAGCAGGAGAGUUGAUUCUAGAAAUGGUACCAUCUUGGGCCCUGAGUCUGUAUUUUUUUUUUACAUUGUUUAGAACCUUAUCUGAAAAUUAGUCCCAUGAAACUUCAUGGGAAAUAUUAAAAAUAAGAGCCUGUGGUGUGUGCCUAGCAUGAUAGAAUAAGGACCUUUUCUAAUGAAGAACAUUGCAUUUUAAGUAGUUAAGAGACUAUGAUUUGAGUAUUUCAGGACAACUUUCUUUUCUGAGCUGUAGACUCCUCCUGUGUAUUGUGGAUUUAUUCCAUAGCUGAAAUGCCAGAUUAAAUUGAUUGAAGCCCCAUGAGCAGAUGAACAUAAUAGAAAGCUGCAGUGAAAUAUUGCAGAAAAUGGCUUGAUUUCAUUCUUCAGAGCAAUAGUUAAAGUAACUCACAGCCUUGGCUUGUUUGCACCUGUGAAGCAGAGGCCCUUGUUUUGUACCUCAGCUGUGGUAUAACAUGGAAGGGUUUCUGCUCUCUGCUUGGAAAAUACUGUCUAUUCUUCAUCUUUGUCAAAGCAUAAUAUUUCCCAAGUAAAAAAAAAAUCUGAUUCUUCAAGACUCAUAGGAGAGUUAAGGGGCAGCUGGGACCUUUUGUGAUCCAGCCACAUUAUUCCAAAAGUUUAUCCCUUGAUGACAAAUAAAAUAUGAUGUGACUUUGCUGUUUGCAAGUAGGAUCAAGAGACUGGAAAUUCAUCACCCCAAGCCCUUGCCUGUUCUGUGACGCUUCAGUGUUACCAAUGAACUGUGUUGCAUUGGAUUAUAAAAUCAUAGUAUUUUAUUGCAUGUGUCCUUUUUUGAAAUGAAAAUAUAGUUGUAUUUGAUGUUGCAGUUAUAAUGCAGUAAAUAAACACAUGUACAUUUCUUUUUAAA